GACGUUAAAAUACCGGAUGUUAAAAUGGGUAUAUAUGGGAUACAUUCAACCCGCCAUAGUGUCGUACAGUUGUAGGAAACAAGAUAGAAAAGUUGUAUUGUGUGCUUUUUGAAGUCUAAAAAUCAUAUGGCAGUUUAAUUAAUAUAAUAUUAAUUUCAAGUGUUUUGCACAAUGGCUCACGAAUAUGGCGGGCAAAACAAACAGUACACUGGAGUAACUGGGCCCCUGAGCCUUGCGGAGCCAAAGCAACAAGACCUUGAACUAACAGAAAAAUUAGUUGAAGCUCUCCAACCUCACAAUGUCUUUGAAAGUGAAGCCGAACUUAAUCAUCGACUUGAAGUCUUGUCAAAAGUGAAUGAACUAAUGAGGUCUUGGAUUAAAGAUGUUAGCCGACAAAAGAAUAAUAUUCCAGAGAACUUGAUAGACACAUUUGGUGGCAAGGUUUUCACAUUUGGUUCCUAUCGGAUGGGAGUUCACACUAAAGGUGCUGAUAUUGAUACACUUUGUGUUGCACCACGUCAUGUGGAACGUAGUGAUUUUUUCAAAUCCUUUUUUGAGCUUUUAAAAACUCAGGCCGAAGUCAAGGAUUUAAGGGCUGUUGAAGAAGCCUUUGUGCCAGUCAUUAAAGUUGAAUUUGAUGGCAUUGAACUUGACAUGGUUUUUGCACGUCUGGCACUACCAACAAUUCCAGAAGAUAUUAACCUCAGGGAUGAAUCCUUAUUGAAAAACCUGGAUGAUAAAAGUGUUAGGAGUCUGAAUGGUAUUAGAGUUACAGAUGAAAUAUUACACCUUGUGCCAAAUCAAGAAAAUUUCCGCAUGACCCUUCGUGCCAUUAAAUUAUGGGCUAAAAAAAAGGGCAUCUAUUCCAAUGCUCUGGGUUACCUAGGAGGUGUAUCUUGGGCCAUGCUUGUAGCUAGAGUGUGCCAGCUAUACCCCAAGGCUGCCCCAGCAACUAUUGUUCACAGAUUUUUUCUGGUGUAUUCCAAAUGGGAUUGGCCAUCACCUGUAUUACUGAAGCCUUUAGACACUGAGAAUAAGUUAGGUUAUCCUGUUUGGGACUCGAGGAUCAACCCAGCUGAUAGAUUUCAUCUCAUGCCUAUCAUCACCCCUGCCUACCCUCAACAAAACUCAACAUAUAAUGUGACACAAUCCACACGGACCAUCAUUAUGGAUGAAUUUUUAGAAGGUUUAAAUGUUGUCACACUUAUCUAUGAAGGCAGAGAGGAAUGGGCUAGAUUGUUUGAGCGUUCAGAUUUUUUCCACAAAUACAAACACUACAUUGUUGUGAAAGCAAGUGCAGAAGAGGAGGACCAUUAUCUUGAGUGGAAAGGUUAUGUAGAAUCUAAAAUCAGAUUGUUAGUUGGUAACUUGGAGAGGAAUCCCAACAUCAAGUUGGCACACAUUAUGCCAACAUCUUAUGGUCCUGUUAAUGAAAGUGAAGGCCAGUAUAUGUGUAAAUGGUUUAUUGGUUUAGUAUUUGGCAUUGUAUAUCAAGGAGCACAAUCUGGUACCAAUGUUGAUCUCACAUAUGACAUUCAAUCAUUCUCAGAUGUUGUCCACAAGCAAGCCAUACAUAUAAAUUUGUACAAAGAAGGUAUGAGGGUUGAAAUUCAAUAUGUGAAAAAAAAAAAUUUAUGUGAAUAUGUUCCAGCAUCAAUUUUAAAUCAAGGCAGGGUGAAAAGACGGGAAAGGCAUGACAGUUUUAAAAAUACUUCUGGUAAUGCAAGACGUCAAAGCACAGAGAAGGGUUCCACUGGGUCAGCAGCAUCAGUGUCAGCGGCAGGGAAAUCUGAGUUGGAUGUUGAACAGUCCAAAGUUUAUGAAGCUGGUGAAGAGGAUGACACAUCGCAGGAGUCAAGCUUCGACACACACCCAACAGUUGUAGCUUCCAAUGGUCCAGUAACAACAGAUUCAGAGAGUAUGCAGUGGGUUUCAGAGGACCCCUCUAUUUCUGCCGCAUCAGUUGGAGGAACGGGAAAGGAAGAGGAGGAUUUAGAGGAUAAAUCAGAACAUAAUGUGGGAAGUCCUUCAUCGCAGGAUGGUGCACAAGAUGCAGCCUCUAAGAGGCCAGGGUCACCUUUUCAGAAUGACACUCCACCUAAAAAAUCUAAAGAUUUAGAUCAGCAGGUUCCAGGUUCCCCCAUGCAGGUCGAUGAGAAACAGUCCUCUUCAUCCACAACACAGCAUUUAGUACCACCUUCACAACAGCACCAACCAUCUCUUUCUGAUGCAGCAACCAAAUCUAUAGCCAACAAGCAUGUAGACCAUCAUCCGAGUAAUGAACUUUCAGAUUUGUCAAGUCCACAGCCCAUCAAUUCUACCGGAUUCCUCCAGCCCCUCAAAAACUCCAUAAAGCUCAAACUCAAAUGAUGUGUGUGAGAUAACUUAGCUUAUUCAUAUUUUUAUCCCUCAUUGUAUCUACCACAAGAACAUAACACCUUCUCUGGAUGACCAGGAAUAUCCUUAUUCAUUGACAAAUACUAUCAGGACAUAGACAAAUUCCUACAAUCGGUCUCUUUGUGGAAUAAUUCUGGCGUUUAGAACAUGGGCUGUGUAGGAUUCAGUUGGAAGCCUAUAAAUCUACACAGGUAUGGGCCAUGAAGUACACAACAGCAGUUUGUUUUUGUAUACAUUGAAUAUCAGCCUGUAACAGAAUGAAAGUGACUAAUGAACAUUCUCUGUUUAAUGCCACUCAACACAAUAAGUCUGUCAAAUAUUUUUUCUCUUCUAUAAUUGAGUUCAUCUUUUUGUCAAAAUUAGAAAAAUGGAAAAAAAAAUUUUUUUACAGAUCUUUUAUUUAAUAACAUCUUGUUUCUGUAAUAAUUCUUAGUUUCAUUUCUUUCAAUAUGGCAGUAUUUUUUGUUCUCCUCUAGCAUUGUAGUGCAGCGUUUGAUUUUGUUGUCCUUAACGUAAUUGCUAGAUAACACAUUGAAUAGCAUUUUAGUAAAGAAAUAUUUGUUACUAAAGAACAUCUAAAUCAUUUUUGUUUAAUUACUAAUGUUGUUUGAUAGUUGUCUAUUUUAUUUAGCUUAGUUCAUGUGGUAUAAAAUAAAACUUAGACAAUCUAUCACAGCCAAACUUGAGGGGCAAGGCAUGAGCUCUGCCAAUGCCAAAUUUGAGGGGCAUAGCAUGAGCUCUCUCAAUGCCUAAUCUGAAAAAUAAAAAUAGCCCAUCUUAUUGAAAAGAACACCAUGACAUGAACUUUUGUCACAGCUUAGUACCGAAACAAAAUGAGACAUCCAACUUGCAUGGUAGUUAAAAGACUGCUUACCCAACUUUGAGAGUUAAUCAUGACAUGAGUUCGGUUAAAACCUAAUUCAUAUCCUUUAGUCUCUAAGUAACAAUACGGAGUAGGAAAGUCAAGUUAAGCCUAAGGAGUUGUGUGUAAAUAUAAGGGUGAUUUUUAUCUUGUCUAAUUCUAUCCUGUUGAGGGAAGGCAGCUUGAUCUGUAUAUUGAUCUAUUCACAGGUGAUAAGUGUACACUUCUAUUUGAUCUUGUUAACAUGCUGUAAACAUUAUUUGCUGUAGUCUUGUUACUUACUAUAUAAAGUAAAUGCCUUGAAAUGGUAUCCAAAAAAAAA